AUGGCGCACCCAGAGCGAAACGGUGGUGAUACUAUUAAUGAAGAAGGACAAUUUGACGAUUCAGUUAAUGUAGAUCAAGAUUCUGGACUUGAGAAUACUACACUUAUUGUAACAGGAGAUAGUGGUGUAGCCAGGGUAGCUUGGAGUAGAAGGGGCCACGGCCGCAUCGUGAACGGCGAACCUGCCGUCAUAACAGAUUACCCCUGGGUACUCGCCAUAGAGUUCCUGGUCAGACAGGCUUGCGGCGGCUCCAUAAUCUGCACGACGUGGGCGAUGUCUGCCGGCCACUGCUUCUAUGACGACGUCAACAAGAUGUCGCUGCGGGCCGGAUCGACACCUUCUGAACCGUUCCCGGUGGGAUCGAACAUCCAGAUCGUCAACCUGCCUUCUAAAAUCGGAUACGAGGCCCCUGCAGGCCUCCCUGUUACUGUCGUCGGCUGGGGCUUGGACGGCGACGGUGCCAUCAACAAGAGAACCUGCAACGGUGACUCCGGGAGUCCGCUAGUGUUCGGGAGCAUGCAGGUCGGCAUCGCGUCCGGGUGGGACGAGAACUGCGAGUACCCGCAGGCGGUGUACACCAGCGUAGGCUUCUUGCGUCUCUGGAUCCAAAAUCAAAUUAGAGACUAA